AAGAAUGGCUUCAAACUUGUGGUCAGAGGAUCAGUUCAGCUGUUCAGUGUGUCUGGAGCUAUUGAAGGACCCAGUCACUAUUCCAUGUGGACACAGUUACUGUAUGGGGUGUAUUAAGAACUGCUGGGAUGAGACUGAUCAUACAGGUGUCUACAGCUGCCCCCAGUGCAGAAAGACCUUUACCCCAAGACCUGAUCUGGGCAGAAACACCAUGCUGGCUGAAGUUGUGGAGAAAUUAAAGAAGACAGGACUCAAUCCUCCUCCUGCUCAAAGUUAUGCUGGACCUGGAGAUGUGCCGUGUGAUUUCUGCACUGGGAGAAAGUUCAAAGCUGUGAAAUCCUGUUUGACGUGCCUGGCCUCUUACUGUGAAACACACGUCAAGCCACACUAUGAGGGGGCUGCUUUCAAGAGGCACAAGCUGAUCAAUGCAACUGGAAAUCUGGAGCAGAAGCUUUGUGCUGAACACCAACGAUUAUGUGAGGUCUUCUGUAGAACCGAUCAGACGUGUAUUUGCUUGUUGUGUUCACAAGAUAAACACAAGAGCCACGAUACAGUCUCAGCUGAGAAAGAAAGGACUGGGAAACAGAAGCAGCUGGGAGAGACACAGACAGAAAUACAACAGAGAAUCCAGGAGAGACUGAAAGAAGUGAAGGAGCUCAAACAGGCUGUGGAGUCACUGAAAAGAUCUGCAUGCAUAGAAAUAAAGGAAAGUGAGAAGAUCUUUACUGAGCUGAUCCGAUCCAUUGAGAAGAUCCACACUGAGGUUAUUGAGCUGAUUGGAGCUAACGAGAAGGCUGCAGUGAAUCAGGCUGAAGGACGCAUGAAGAAACUGGAGCAGGAGAUUGCUGAGCUAAGGAGGAGAAACGCUGAGCUGAAACAGCUUUCAGAGACAGAGGAUCACAUCCAUUUUCUACAGAAUUUCCAGUCUCUCUGUGCCCCUCCUGAAGCUGGAGACUUACCCAGCGUUACUGUCAAUACAGACAUCUCUUUUGGGGCCGUGAGGAAAGCUGUAUCUGAACUUAAAGACCACAUUGAGGACUUCUGCAAGGGGGAAUUAGUCAAAAUAAGCACAACAGUGAAUGAAGUUGCAGUUUACAGUCUGCAGGCUCCAGAGCCAAGGAACAGAGCUGAGUUUUUAAAAUGUAAGUCUGUUUUCACUGAAACAUUUGAUUGAAAGAUGUGUCACUCCAUUGUGAGAAGAGCUAACACUAUUCACAGAUACCAAGAUAUUUAGGUAGAGGAAGAUCUGACUGGGAAAAAUAUAAACAAAUGCCCCACCCCAGUGGA